AGAAUCGAAAUGGCUGAAGAAGCAGUCGAGCAAACUUCUGGAAUCCUUCAGGAAAUUUUCACGUCGCCACUGAACAUCAGUUUGCUAUGUCUUUGUUUGUUCCUACUUUACAAAAUCAUCCGCGGAGACAAGCCUGCAGACUAUGGCCCGGUUGAGGAGCCGCUGCCUAAACUCAAGAAAAGAGAUUUCACUUUAGCAGAUCUGCAAGAGUACGAUGGACUGAAAAACCCAAGAAUCCUGAUGGCUGUCAACGGGAAAGUAUUUGAUGUUACAAGAGGGAAGAAAUUCUACGGUCCAGAGGGCCCUUACGGAGUCUUCGCGGGCAAGGAUGCGUCCAGAGGCCUGGCUACGUUCUGUUUGGAGAAAGAGGCCUUGAAAGACACUCAUGAUGAUCUCUCCGAUCUCAAUGCCAUGCAGCAGGAGAGCCUGAGCGAGUGGGAGACCCAGUUCACACAGAAGUACGAUUACAUCGGGAAGCUUCUCAAACCUGGAGAAGAACCUACAGAGUACACAGAUGACGAGGAAGUCAAGGACAAAAAGAAGGAUUAGAGCGGACCCAAACCAUGACCUAGUUUUGUUGCCGUCUCUUGUUUUGUCUGAUGAACAUCCAUGUCAUUUCAUGUACAUCACCGUGACCUUAAUUACCACGUCACAUUUAUAAAUAGAAUUUCGUAUCACUGUAUUCAUUAAACAAUUGUUAUAUCUACAACAACUGUGAGUUAUAAUCAUGUCUUAAGGAGAACUAUUGGGUAAAUAUGUUCAUCGUAGCCCUGCAGGAAUAUAUAUGGCUUGCUGUAAAUACGGGACACAAUUUCUCACGCUUGUUAUUUGUUUGUUUGCUCCAGAUUUUUAACUUACCAGAGAUCAUCUAAACCAAAUACACUAAAACACACUAGAAUACUUUUAAAUGAGCGUCGCAUUAAAAAAGGCAAGAGAUGUCAUUCAGGAGGGAACUGUCUCAACGGUUUCCCUGAGUUAGAUUAAAACUUGACCGAUACUAAAGAGGUUGUGAUAUGCUAGUCUUAAUAUCUGCUCAGGAUGUUUGUAGAUUAAAUGUAAUGUAACAUUCCAUAAGAUUAUGUUUUCAGCUUUGUUACCGAUACAAGUAUUUGCAAAACACCUUUUCUGUUCAUUAUUAAAGAUUGUGAUUUA